GCAGCAGCAGCAGCAGCCACCAUGCUGCCCGGGGUGGGCGUGUUCGGCACCAGCCUGACCGCCCGGGUCAUCAUCCCGCUUCUAAAGGACGAGGGCUUCGCGGUCAAGGCGCUCUGGGGCCGCACUCAGGAAGAGGCGGAAGAGCUGGCCAAGGAGAUGAGCGUCCCCUUCUACACCAGCCGCAUAGACGAGGUCCUGCUGCAUCAGGAUGUGGAUUUGGUCUGCAUCAACCUGCCGCCUCCCCUCACCAGGCAGAUCGCGGUGAAAACUCUGGGUGAUUGAGAAGAAUGU